UGUUUUUUUAAUGGCGCCUGAGAAUGUUAUUUUAGUCGAGACCGCCAGGUCGAGACCUAAAAGACAUUCGAAGGCGCCAUUAAAACAUGAAUUUCGCCACGAAAUACAAACAACGUUUUUUCUACAGCCUCCAGAUGAAGAAAAAAGUAACAGAAAUUAGUUGGAACAAAAUGGUCUGAUAAAUCGAGUUGCUUGCAUGGUUACGAUGAUAAAUAAAAGUGAUAGUUGCGAAAAAUUUGUCACAAUAGGUAUUUUUGUUGAAGAAGUGUGAUGGAUUUUAGCAGCGAAAACGAAAUAGAUGCAAUUGCAAGCGCGGCAGUGUCGAAUCUUUUGCCUGCUAAAUCAAGACCGCAGUACGAAAAAACGUAUCUUCAGUUUCGGCAGUGGUGUUCUAUGAAAAAGAUUGAUCAAGUAACGGAAAAUGUUUUGUUGGCGUAUUUGGAAGAAAAGUCUACCACCUUAAAGCCACCAACACUCUGGGCCCUUUAUGCGAUGUUGAAAGCCACCUUAAACGUUAAAGAGAAUAUCGAUACACGUAAGUUUCCGAAGUUAGUGCCCUACCUGAAAAGCAAAAGCGUAGGUUACAGAAGCAAGAAGUCGCAAAUUUUAGACAAAGAAGACAUUAGCAAGUUUAUUAAUGAAGCAGAUGACAAGAUAUAUUUACUGAUGAAGACUGUGCUAAUUUUGGGUAUAUCGGGAGCCCUUCGACGUGAAGAAUUAGUUAAAAUGAAGCUAACUGACAUAGAAGAUAAACAGUCUGUCUUAAUUGUGAAGGUGCCUGAUACAAAAACCCACUGCGAACGAAUAUUUACUGUUUCAAAUUUAGAAAAUAUAGAAAUUGUCAGAAAAUAUAGAGCUUUGCGGCCUCCACGGGCGACUAGUGACCGUUUAUUUUUAAAGUAUACCAACGGAAAAUGUGUGAAUCAAAAUGUUGGAAUUAACAAAAUCGGAGAGAUACCAAGUUUGAUUGCAAAGUGGCUUAACAAAGACGAACCUAAAAAAUAUACUGGUCACUGCUUCAGAAGAAGCUCUGCCACUCUUUUGGCGAAUGCUGGAGGUGAUCUAAUUUCAAUUAAACGUCAUGGGGGCUGGAGAAGCAGCACAGUGGCAGAAAGUUACAUCGAGGACUCUUUGAAUAAUAAAAUUGAAAUUGCCAAUAAAAUUCAACCUUCUUCCUCCACAGAAGAAAACAAAAUCACUCAACCUUCUACAUCGGCUUCUUUUAAUGGCGAAAAUAACUUUCAUUUACAAGCGUCUUCACUCAGGCCUCUGGGGAUAAACGGGGGCACGUUUUCGUCAUGCACAUUUAAUUUUCAUAUGUCAAAGUAAAUAUCUAUUAUUAUUGUUUUGUAAUAUUGUUCUGUAUAAUUAUAAAACCUUUAAAACUA